GUUUAUUUCACUUUCAAAAUGAACUUACAAUUGUCUCAAUGAAUGAGAUUUCCUCACCUGUAUCUUCAUACUUGUUUCUAUUUUUCCUUAAGAAGAAGAAGACACUGCCAUCGUUAGCCACCCGUGUCAUCACCAGGGACUCCAGCAUGCUCACCACCAACAGGACCAGACACACACAGAAGUGGCCCCCUGCAGUGCAGACCAUUAAACAGCUGACACCCUUUUAUUAAGUCACAAUUUUGUUCCGUGUUAAACAAAAGGUCACUCACUGAUGACGGGGCUGCACUGGCUGUCUCCAGGCAGCUGGUCGUUGAGGAUGCUGAGGAACAUGGUGAAGCUGAGCACCAGAGUGACCUUGAAGCCGUUGCGCUCGCCGCCUUCCAGCGGCAGAGCGAAGCUGAUCAUGUCAGCCAGGAUGAUCAGAAUACUGGGCAGCAUUAACGUGAUGAAGGGGUUGGAGGGCUUCAUUUUCAGCAUCACCUGGGGAACAUAGUAGGUAGAACUUAUUAUUUAUUAUUCAUUAAGUUUUCAUUUAUUUAAUAUUAUUAUCUAAUAAUACAUUGCUUUAGGUGAAUGAUUUCCUAUGCUAAUUAUAAAAAAAAGGCCUGUUCAGAAACUUACCAUGAUGUAGUUGCGAUCUUCUGAAACUUGUAGCAAGCUUGCUGUCUCUGUUUCCCAAUCUCCAUGUGAACCAUCACUAAUGUCCAGUUUACCAAUUGUCAACUGUGUACCGCACCCUGCAUGAAAUAACAUCGUGUCAGCCAUAAGCAAUGAUUUUAGUAUGAUUUAGCAUCUCAUCAUUGAAGAAGACUAAUCAGAAUGUGAUACAAGCAAUGCAAACUGAAUUUAAUGUUUGUUUGUGAGUGAUCGGCAGAGCUCACCGUCAACGCUCCACGUCUGGAUCGCAACAGGGCACGAAUCAGCGGCGAACGGGUAGUUGAACAUGUUGACUUCACAGUUCACGUCCGCAUUAAUGACCACCGUGUGUAUCAUGGUGCCGUUGCUGUAGAGCAGCAGGUCAGACGACGUGUCCUCGAAGGUGGUGUCUAGUCUGCGCGGGCAACGAACAGCACGGAACAGGUUUGAACCUGGAGCAUUGAAACUGUGCUGCGACGUGGAGGCUUCUAUACGCACGCGUUUGUUAUGUGGAGCUUUGGCGUCCAGACACUAUCCACGGGCAGCACCACCAUGGUGUAAUUAUAAACAGACGUGUUCCAUCUCAGAUCCAGGUCUGUCCAUAUCUGUGGUGUGAUUUAACAUUACAUAUCAACAUUGGAUGAAACCUUUAACCAUCAAAAGUGUCUUUUAGCUUACGAGUGUGGCCUGCAGGCGGGUAUUCAGGCGGAGACUCUUAGUGUCCUGCAAAAAAACAAACCACACAAUUAAUCUAGGUAAUUAAACAACUACUGUAUGUUAUGAGACACAAGAUGAAGGCGUUGUGCAUGGCAGGACUUACAACGGACACGGUCUGAUACUCCAAAUAGGGCACGUACACAGGCUGGGUGCAGUUCUCAUUCUGCGGCUGAGACGUGAGGUUGUAGUUUAUCAGCUUUUCAGCCAGACACCGGCGACUUCUGCAGCUGUCAUCACAGCUUCCACCUAUAAUUGGAGAUGAAUAAACAGCUGAUCAGUCAGUUACAUAUAUAUUAAUCAUGGUUCUGGUGGACUCACCUCCUGCUAACACGUUGAGUAUGAAGACAGCCGUGCCCGGGCCGAGGGCAGGGAAUCUCAAUAGUUCCAGAAGCAUCGCUGCAGCAAGUCAGGCCGUCAGACUUCACGUGUGACUGCACGUUGACUGACAGCAGCAUCCAUCUCUUUCUGCCCCUCUUUAUGCUUCAACCUGACAGGCCACUUAAAUAGACCCUGGGCUGGGAUGCGCAUAAAGAGGCAACGCGUGAGACAUUCUAUGCAUGUAAUAAAACGCUGAGUGUACCUGUUUGUUUAGCGGCUGUAGCUGGCUGUGCUGCUCUGCAUCACAAUGGGACAGCGACUCUCGUGUGACUGGGCGUCAUAUCAAUAAUGUUUACCUGGGAGAGUAAACCCAGUCACGAACGCAGCACAAUGGUCUCUUCAAAGAAUGGUCAAUACAAGCGCUGUUUUAACAGCUGGAUAGUGAAUUUAACAUUUUGUUUGGUUUGUUGUUUUUGUCAACUCCAUGAAUAGUUUCACUCACACGGUCGUUAUAUAAUAUGAAUUAAAAAUUGGGUGUAAGAAAAUCUCCAUCUUUUUGAAUAAGGUGGAGGUGGUUGUUGUGUAUAAUAUGUAAUUAGCCCUUUAUUAAGCAAACCACAAAGGAUAACAGACAUAUUGUUAAUGUAGGAAUGACACUUGUUUUUGAUGACACGUCAUAUUUUUGUGCACAAAUCCAUUCAGUGUUUGAAGAGUUUAAGUCUUGACCGUAAGGAAAUGUGUGUUAUCUUGACUGUUUCCCUUCCUGUCAUCCAUGAUUGACCCACUGAGUGUUUCCACUCAGGUCCCACCUGGGUUCAAAGUUGAUUUGAGUUUGUACCAGCAAAGGUCAAGGCCGCUGUGACCUUAUGUCCGUCCUAUUUGGAAUGUCUCAGGGACGGCUGGAGGAAAAUUCCACUCACUACCUACUACCACAUAUGAUAGUUGGAUUUCCUCUGGAUUUGGCACAUUAGGCAAUUUCAGCAGUAACGCUGGACUGGAAUCUUCCCAAAGUCGUACUUGUCACACUUGUCUGUGUGACUUAUCUGUGCAUUGACCUCAGUUCAAGGCACCACAGUGGCAGAAACCUUUAACUCUUCACCUCUUAAACUAAAGAGGCAGAAUGUCCUUACUGACUCAACCUCAGGCAUUCACUGACAAUUGGCUGGUUGCCCAUUUGUUACGUGACCAUUUUAAUGUCUUAUCAUGAAAAUCACACGUCUAGUUUAUUGUUCAUGUGAUAGAACAACCAAUAAUAAUUUCUCUGCCGGUGUUACUUAUACGGCUGCUUAUUGCUGCCUGUAAAUGACUAAAUGAUGACCUUAUAAAAGGUUACAUUUAUUUCUCCCAGGAAUGUCUCUUAUCUUUGUCUUCACGUGUCUUGUUGAAUAACAAACAUGGUAAAUUGUUCUUCUAAAUCAUUUGCAUACAUCUCUGUAAUACUUUUAAUUGCUUUUAUGAUUGCAAUGAAGUGUUUUGAAAGUUAAUGUGCUCUUCCGGGAAGCUGACACAAAGAAAAUCUUUGUGCUGCUAUUUAAGUUAUUUAUUAAUCAAACAUUUUCCAUCCUGCAGUUCAUGAUCUUAUGAAAGGCGGCAAUGAACGGGGCAACGUCAAGAAGGUGAGAAAAAAAUGGACUUGUUUGGGAUCAGACCAGCCCCCAAAGGUCUGCACCUGCUUCCACCAGCAGCUGAAGAACCCACAAGGCACUUCAUCUGGAGCGACGCAUUAUCUUAUGCCUCGCACAACUGAUGUUCACCAACACCUGCCUCUGACUUCUACUCUGACGUUUCCUGGUCAAAAUGAGCACAGAGCUGGGUGCUGCUGACAGAAACUGGCCCACGAUCCACACGCGGGCUCGGCCCAGUGGGGAUGAAGGCAGGCGGCUGCGCUACAUGCAGGAGGACGGCCGCUUUCCCGUGGUUUUCCAGAAGGCGCCCGGAGACUGGGUCCCGUACCUGAUGGACAUCUUCACCACGCUGGUGGAGAUCCGCUGGAGGGUGAUGCUGCUCAUCUUCUCCCUGUCCUACGUUCUCACGUGGCUCUUCUUCGGCCUGUGGUACUGGCUCAUCGCGUAUGUGAACGGCGACGCCGACAAACUGGACGAGAGCCGCUGCGUGGCCAACGUCCGCGGCUUCACCGGGGCCUUCAUGUUCUCCGUGGAGACCCAGUCCACCAUAGGCUACGGGUACAGGACCACCACCGAGAACUGCAUGGGGGCCAUCAUUCUGGUGACGGCUCAAGACCUGUUCAGCUGCGCCUUAGACACCGUCGUCAUUGGCGUCGUUGCUGCUAAAAUGGCGUCGGCUCGAAAGCGGGCUCAGACGGUCGGCUUCAGCAAGUGCGCGGUGGUCAACCUGCGCGACGGGGUCCUGUGCCUGUCGUGGCGCCUCGGGGACUUCAGAGGCAACCACGUCUUAGAGGGCGUCGCCAGCGCCCAGGUGGUCCGCUACGUGAAGCAGCCGCGUGGCUCCAUCGUGGUGUCGUAUCAGGACCUGAAAAUCCACAACCAGGACCUCGUCCUGGCCACGCCGGUCGCCGUGAUCCACAAGCUGGCGCCCGGCAGCCCCCUCUACGGCAUGACCCCCGACAGGCCGCUGGGCGCCGACGUGGAGCUGGUGGUGUCCUUCACCUACAGCGGCGACUCCACGGGGACGCUGCACCAGACGCGCGCCUCCUACACGGCGGCGGACGUCCGCUGGGGUCAGCGCUUUCGCGACAUGGUGAGACUGGGCGAGGGGCACUACGAGGCGGACUACGCGCUGUUCAACGAGACCACGUGGGUCCCGGUGCCUCUGCUCAGCGCCGAGGAGCGCGACAGGUGGAGACGUCCGGCGGGCGGCGCGGUCGCUCCAUCUGUGCGGAGGAAGGGCCGAUCCCAUCAGGUGGACAUUGACAUCACCCCAGAGGCGAUGCAGCACACGUAUCUGUAGCUCAAACCAUUAAAUACGCAUCAAUUAUUGGUGUAAACUGUAAAUAUAUUUAUAUGUGACACUGUAGUGUAAUGCUAUGAAUUAAUCUAUCACAGAUAUGAUUGAAUUAAAAACUAUAAUAAAACUUUA